AUGGAGACGGUGAAGCUGCUGAUCGAUGGCCAGUUCCUGGACUCCAAGACCAAGGAGUGGGUGGAUGUGAGGAACCCGGCCACGCAGGAGGUGGUGGCCCGCCUGCCUCUGUGCACGGGCGAGGAGUUCAACGCGGCGGUGCAGUCCUCCAAGGACGCCUUCCCCAAGUGGCGCACCACGCCCGUGCCGCUGCGCGCGCGCGUCAUGCUGCGCCUUCAGGAGCUCAUCAACCGGCACAUGGAUGAGCUGGCUGCCAGCGUGACGCGGGAGCAGGGCAAGACGCUGGCCGACGCGCGCGGCGACGUGUUCCGCGGCCUGGGUGAGCACGGCGUGGCGUGCGGUGUGGUGUGUGCAUGGUGUGCCAUGAUCCCGCUGUGGAUGUUUCCCAUGGCCACCGCCGCCGGCAACUGCAUGGUGCUGAAGCCCUCGGAGCGCGACCCCGGGGCCGCCAUGAUGCUGGCUGAGCUGGCGCUGGAGGCGGGCCUGCCCAAGGGCGUGCUGAAUGUGGUGCAUGGCACCCACGACACCGUCAACCGCACCCUGGACCACCCAGACAUCGCCGCCAUCUCCUUUGUGGGCUCGGACGCGGCUGGAAAGUACAUCUACGAGCGCGGCUGCGCCAACGGCAAGCGCGUGCAGGCCAACAUGGGCGCCAAGAACCACGCCGUGGUCAUGCCGGACGCCAACCCUGAGGCGACGGUGGCGGCGCUGACGGGCGCGGCCUUUGGCGCGGCGGGGCCAGCGCUGCAUGGCCAUCUCGGCGGCGGUGUUUGUGGGGGGCAUGGGGCGCUGAAUGCGGGGUGGGAGGCGGGCGCCGACCUGGGGCCCGUCAUCUCCCCAGAGGCCAAGCAGCGCAUCGAGCGCCUCAUCGCCAGCGGCAUACAGCAGGGCGCGGUGUGCGACCUGGACGGGCGCGGCGCCUCGGUGGCGGGCUACCCCGACGGCAACUGGGUGGGUCCCACCAUCCUGAGCGGGGUCACCACCGGGCAUGGAGUGCUACCAGGGAGGAGAUCUUCGGCCCCGUGCUGGUCUGCCUGGAGGUGGGGCCGGGAUGCGGACAGCCUGGAGGAAGCCAUCUCCAUCAUCAACGCCAACGAGCACGGCAACGGUACCGCGCUGUUCACCGCCAGCGGCGCCGCCGCGCGCCGCUUCCAGCAGGACGUGGAUGUGGGCAUGGUGGGCAUCAACAUCCCCAUCCCCGUGCCCCUCCCCUACUUCAGCUUCACGGGCUGGCGCGGCUCCUUCUAUGGCGACCUGCAGAUGUAUGGCAGGAUGGGGGUGCAGUUCUACACACGCGUCAAGACGGUGACGCAGAGCUGGAAGGAUUCGGAUGCGCCGGGCGUCAUCCCUGGGCUGGCGGGCGUGGGGGCCAGCACACCCGGCAAGCACUGA